AUGCGCAAAAAGUUGCCGCCGGGUCCUAUUGGCCUACCAUUUGUCGGUUAUCUACCCUUUCUUAAGGGCGAGACCUCUAAAAAGUUGGUAGAAUUGGGCAAAAAAUACGGACCGGUUUAUGGCAUACAAUUGGGUUUGUAUCCAGCGGUGGUACUCAACGACUGGGCGUCAAUAAAAGAGGCACUUUCUGACGAUACGGCACUAUAUCGGCCGAAAGACAACUUUUUCAACUCGGCAACUCCUCGGGGCUUAACCUCAUUGAGUGGUGACGUUUGGAGAGAGCAUAAGAGGUUCGCUUUGUAUGAAUUGCGAAAUUUGGGUUUCGGUAAGACAGCGAUGGAGGACCACAUCAUUGAUGAGAUCAAUCACUUGUCGCAACUCUUGGACGAGAAAGAGGGGCAGGAAAUUGAUUUCCGGAAUGUGUUUCCGGUCGGCGUUUCAAAUAAUGUCAAUUUCCUGCUCUUUGGCCGCCGUUUUGAGUAUACGGACAGCAGAGCGAAGGCGAUCACCGAGUUUAGCAAAUUGGACCCCAAAUAUGAUGUAGCUGGCUACUUCGCGUUUUACCCACGUGUAACCCGAUUUGCCAUUAAACACCUGACAUUUCUCAUACCUCCAUCUCUACGCCAUAUUAACAAUAUUUUUAAGGGAAUGAAAGAGAUCAUCAAAUCUGAAUACGAGACACAUGUGAAAACAAUUGAUGAAAACAAUAAUAGGGAUUAUGUGGACGCCUUCAUCAACGAAACGCGCAAAAAUAGCGAUAGAAAAACAUUUGAUUACAAUUUGCUGGAGGGAAAUAUACUAAACCUGUUCGGCGCCGGCACCGGUACUCUACUACAAACCCUGGAGUGGGCGCUAUUGGUUUUGGCCGCUAAACCGGAAAUACAACAAAAGUUACACAAAGAGAUCGACGAAGACAAUCACUCCGAUUAA